AUGUCUUUGAAAAUACAUGCCUGGUCAAUGCUGCUGUUGGCAUCGUUCGCUUCGGCUGAGCAUAAGUGUGUUUGGGUACAUGGUGCAGUACGUUGCCAUAAAGAUCCGUCCAGAAAUCUAAACGUAGAAGUACGUGUUUAUGAUCGAGAUGGGCUUUCGAUCGCGAAACUUGUCGAUCCGGAUGACUUGAUGGGAGUAACAUUUACAAACGAAGACGGCUCCUUCCAGCUGGAUGGAUGUGGAGAAGAUAUUGACUGGAUUCCGGGAAUUUCGAACAAUCCAGAACCGUAUCUACAAGUGCUGCACUACUGUAAUAAUGAGCUGGGUGAAAUUAUAAGGCUUCCACCUUUCAAAACAUUUGUUCCAAAAACGUACGAAGUUGGUAUAAUUGACCUGGAUUCACCGCUACAAGUUCCUCCUGCUAGGAACGUUACCAGCUGA